AUGGCGCUCGUGGAACCUAGUCUGCCAUCUCAUAUAAAGCAUGUCGAGAUCAAGGGUCCCUCGGACUCGAAGCCAACCACAGUUGUAGACAGCGAGAUAGAUGCAUCGGCCUCAGACAAGGCGGACACCCAGUUCACACUGGAGGAGCACCCCGUUGAUGAAGUGCGUCCUAUCAAAGUCGGUGUCAUCGGAGCUGGACUCACAGGUAUUACUGCCGGUGUGAUGCUGCCUGCGAAACUGCCUGGUCUUGAUCUACGCAUUUAUGAGAAGAACGCGGACGUGGGUGGAACCUGGUUUGAAAAUACCUAUCCUGGUGUUCGUUGUGAUAUUCCUGCACAUGUCUAUCAAUCUGGAAUUUCACCAAAUACCCAAUGGACUGAAGAAUUUGCCCAAGGAGAGGAGAUCAGAGACUACUGGCAGGGAGUCGCGCGAAAGCACAAUGUCUAUCAAUAUCUUCGCACGGGGCAAAAAGUACAGAAGGCCGAAUGGCAGCCCGAGAAGGGCAAAUGGAAAGUAACUAUUGAGCAUGUGGACGGGUCAAAGAUCUAUGAAGAGGAGCUGGACGUGGUGAUUAACGCCAUCGGUCAUUUCAACGAGUGGAAAUUGCCCGACUACGAAGGAAUCAAAGAUUACAAGGGAACAUUGUUCCAUUCUUCCCACUGGGACCACAGCCUUGAUCUAAAAGGAAAAAGAGUGGCUCUCAUCGGCAACGGUGCCUCUGGUCUGCAAGUCUUGCCUUCAAUCCAACCACUAGCCAGCCACGUCGAUCACUAUGCGCGACACCCAACUUGGAUUGCGGACUCAUUCAGCAGUGGUAAUGUGGGAGUUCGUCGCCUGGAGCCAAACAUCAUCCCCGAAGAGCAGCGAGAAUCCUUCAAAGUUCCUGAAACGUAUCUAAAAUACCGGAGGGAAGUCGAGAGAAACUAUUUCGAGCGCUUCGGCGCGAUCUUCAAAGACACACCUGAAAACAACGCUCUUCGCGAGAAGUGGACCGAGCUGAUGCUGCAACGCAUCAAAGACAAGCCCGAGUUGGGCGACAAGAUUCUUCCAGAUUUUCCACCCAACUGCCGUCGCCCAACGCCAGGCCCCGGAUACCUAGAAGCCCUGUCCAAAGAUAACGUCGAUUACAUCCAGACACGAAUCAAGCGCUUCACUGAAACCGGAAUCGUGACGGAGGAUGGAGUCGAGCGCCAGGUCGACAUCACAAUCUGCUCCACGGGAGCAAAUGUAGACCAUGCGCCGCCUUUCUCCAUAAUCGCCAACGGCAUCGAUCUCAAGACCGCCUGGAAACGAGAUGGUCAUUUCGGCUUCCCAUACUCCUACCUCGGCUUCGCGACACCGGGCUUCCCUAACCUCCUUUGGCUAGGCGGUCCCUACGCCUCCGGCCACAGUGGUACAGUCCCCAACAGCGUCGAGAAUGUGGUGACCUACAUCGCCAAGGUGCUUCGCAAGAUUCGCAGCCAGGGAAUUAAAUCGAUCGAGCCGGGCAAACAAGCAACUGACGAUUUCGUCGCUUACUGCGACCAGUUCUACCCACGCACUGUGUGGACCGCCAAUUGUAGCUCUUGGUACAAUGGUGGUAAGCCCGGUGCUAGAAUCCAUGGUCUUUUCCCUGCGAGUGCAUCUAGUGUCAAUUACAUUCGACGUGAUCCUCGCUGGGAAGAUUGGGAAUACACUUAUGUUAAUCCUAGUGGAAAUCGGUUUGCUUACUUUGGUAAUGGGUGGACUACCAGGGAGUUGACUCCGGGUGCGGAGUUGACGCCUCAUUUGAGGUUGCCUGAGGAUGUUGAUUUAAAGUCUUAUAUGGAGGGAUGGUGGGACGUUUGA